CCGGGCACAGAGCAAGCUGCAAGCGGUUGAAGAAGCGGUGCAGAAGCUCCAAGUCUCUCUGCAGCCUGACAACGCCUCGGACGCAUCAGCAAAAGGAUCGGACAGUCUGCAGCUAUUGGAUGAAGCGCAGGCAGGAGUCCGGCUGCUGAAAGCCCAGCUGGGUAAUGUCAGUGCAGAGUAUGGAGAAAUCCAGAUCCGUCUGGACCACUUCAGUGCAGCAUAUGGAGAAAUCCAGAUCUGGCUGGACAAUGUCAGUGCAGCGCGAGUAGCAGUGCAAGGUCACUGCAGUGACAUGCUGACAAAGCUCUCCAGGGGCUGGAGGUUUUACAGUGGGAACCUCUAUUACUUUUCACAAGAAAGGAAGUUGUGGGACGAGGCCGAGCGGUUCUGUGUGUCUCAGGACUCGCACCUGACCUCUGUCUCCUCCCAGGCGGAACAGGAGUUUAUCUCCAAGGAGACCAAGGGACAAGAUCACUGGAUUGGACUCACCGACCGGGAGACAGAAGGCAGCUGGCGCUGGGUGGAUGGCACAGAAUACAGAGCAGACGCAAGCAGGGGGUUCUGGGGGGAGAAUGAGCCAAACAAUUACAAUCCGGAGAUAGAUGGUGGAGAAGACUGUGUUCACACCGAGCCAAGAUUCCGGAAUUUGUGGAAUGAUUACAAGUGCACUGAGCCUUUGAGGUGGAUUUGUAAGGAGGCCCAUGGAUAGGCUGGGCUGUGACAUGCAGGUCCCAGCACCUCAGAAAGCCGUCUU